AUGGAUAUCAUACAGGCCGUCUCCGGCUACAUCACCAAGAUGGUGUCGGUCGGGGACAGCGCUGCGACAGGCACCUCCGCGGCCAAGAUGAAGAUCCUCCUCCUCGACAACGAGACUGUCCCCAUAGUAUCCACUGCGACGACGCAAUCCGCCCUCCUCAACCAUGAAGUCUACCUCACUGACCGCCUCGACAACCCAAAGCGGGAGAAGAUGCGCCAUCUGCGCUGCCUAUGCUUUGUGCGACCGUCGCCCGAGUCUAUCCAGAACCUUAUCGAAGAGCUACGAGAGCCCAAGUACGGGGAAUACAACAUCUACUUCAGUAACAUAAUCAAAAAGUCCUCGUUGGAGCGCCUCGCCGAAGCAGACGACCAUGAAGUCGUGCGCGCGAUUCAGGAAUAUUUCGCCGACUUCCUCGUCAUAAACCCCGACCUCAUGUCCCUCAACCUUGGAUUUCCCGACCAUCGGAUAUGGAGCACAAGCCCGGAUGCGUGGAACCAGGAUGCGCUACAAAGGUCGACCGAGGCAGUCAUGGCGUUACUUCUGUCGCUGAAGAAGAAGCCCUUGAUACGAUACCAGAAGAACAGUCUGCUUGUGAAGAAGCUGGCGACCGAGGUCCGGUACCAUAUGACACAGGAAGAGCAGCUGUUCGACUUCCGCAAAACAGACACCCCGCCUAUACUUUUGAUUGUCGAUCGAAGAGACGACCCGGUGACACCGCUGUUGACGCAAUGGACGUAUCAGGCUAUGGUUCACGAGCUGCUCGGAAUACACAAUGGACGAGUGGACCUACGCGAUGUGCCAGAGAUACGUCCUGAGCUCAAGGAGAUCGUGUUAUCGCAGGAGCAGGACCCUUUCUUCAAGAAGAACAUGUAUCUCAACUUCGGCGAUUUAGGGCAAAACGCAAAAGAGUAUGUCGAGCAGUUUGCGUCAAAGCAGCAGGGAUCGCAAAAGCUCGACUCUAUUGCCGAUAUGAAGCGCUUCAUCGAGGACUUUCCGGAGUUCCGCAAGCUUUCCGGCAACGUCACCAAGCACGUCACACUUGUCGGUGAGCUGAGCAGAAGAGUUGGCGAGGAGAGUCUACUGGACAUCAGUGAGCUCGAGCAGAGUCUGGCAUGUACAGACAACCAUUCCAACGAUGUCAAAUCGCUGCAAAGGAUCAUUCAAGAUCCAAAGGUGCCGGCGAACAACAAACUCCGGCUGGUUGCCAUCUACGCGUUGCGCUACUCAAAGACCUCGUCAAACUCCACAGCUAUGCUGCUUGACUUGCUCGCCGUUGCGGGUGGACUGUCACGGCAUCGCAUUAACCUCAUCACAAAGCUAUUGACCUACCAUGACUCGCUGCAAGCGACUACGGCGGCAGGUGGAGUGCCGGAUCUUUUCCAACCUGGGUCUUUCUUCGGAGGUGCCCGAGAUCGACUCAAGGGCUUGAAGGGUGUUGAGAACGUCUACACACAGCACUCGCCUCGCUUGGAGGCUACGUUGCAGGACAUGAUCAAGGGUCGCUUAAGCCAGCAGCUGUACCCCUUCGUCGAGGGUGGCGGAUCGACAAAGGACAAGCCGCAGGACAUCAUUGUCUUCAUGGUCGGCGGCGCAACAUACGAGGAAGCUAAGAUGGUUGCGCAAGUCAAUGCUAGUUCCCCAGGUAUUCGAGUCGCGCUCGGCGGCACCACUGUGCAUAACAGCACUUCCUUCUUGGAGGAAGUAGAAGAUGCCGUUGACUCGUGGCCCGAGCCUCCCGCUACAUCAGCUGCGGCUCGCCUGAAGAGAGAAGUAGAACAAGGACAGGUCUUGCAGUCUCGAGUGGUCCGCCGGAGAAAUCCACGCCCCAUCAACAGCUGCGUUGAAUGCCGCACCCGGAAGUCGCGAUGCUCCAAGACGCACCCUUGCCAGAACUGCACAGCCUUCGGGCGCGAGUGCGUCUUCAUCACCGUCCCUGAGAGCGCUGCGCGCAAGAAAGAGAGGGAGCAGAGAGAGCGCGCGCAGAGUAAGAGCGGCGCUGGUGUCACCAUCCCGGACUGGACCAAGAACCUCCCCGUGCGCACGCAGAGUAGUGCCAGUGUGCAUGAUGGGUACGAGAAUGCGAACUCCGUCGACACCACCACGCCUGGCACGCCUCCGCGAGACUAUGAAUGGGAAGCCUACCAGCAGGAUGUCGAGCCCGAAACGGAUGCCUGGGAGAGACUGCCCGCAGAGCCUGAGGAGACGCAGGACGAUGUGUACGAGGACGAGAAUGACGAUGAAGAUCAGAUUGCGACGGAUCUCACGAUUCGAAUCGGGAGGAUGAUCAUUUGUGAGAAUGUCACCGGAUUUUUCCGCCCCCAAUACGCCGAAGAGCUCGGCAAGCUUCUGUCUGAGAGCUUCACCCCGUCGUCAUCAGUCACGGGCCAGAGAGCGACACAGUCGUCUGCUCUGCUGUCCGCAGAACAGAUGCCGUCGCUUGCACCAUCGCUGAACCUGCUGCUAGGUGGCUCGCUGCCUCUACAUCAAAACAACGAUGUGGAAGCACCGCAGCUGCCGACUAAGAUGGAAGCAGAGGGACUACUACAGCGAUACACAGAAGCUGUCAGCCCUCUUGCGCACGUGUUGCAUCUUCCGUCGUUCAAGCGCAUGUUUGACCGCUUCUGGAUGAAUCUUGAGAUUGGGAAUCCCAACCAAAAUUCAUGUACUGCCUUGAUUUUGGCCGUGUGCAUGGCUGCUGCGGCGUCUGUAUCGCCUCUGCAAGCCAAGUCGCAGUUUGGCAUCACGAAAGAGGACCUUUUCUUGCGCUUACAGAAAGCUACGGAGCGAGCAUUGCUUCGUGCUAAUUGGGCGAAGACGUCCAAUAUACGGACUUUGCAAGCUUUGACUAUAUACCUGAUACCCCUUUGUCGAGCGCAGAUCUCUCGAGCGACGUCUGUCGUAGUUGGUGCUCUGGUUCGCCUGGCACAAUGUAUAGGCAUACAUCGCAUGAGCCACAGCUCAGCCAACAGCCUAACACCUCUACAGCGACACGUUCGAUCGCUCUUGUGGUACCAAAUCUGCUUCUUAGACUUCAAGACAGCCGAAGCGCAAGGGCCCCAUCCAUCCAUUCGAUCGGACGAUUUCGACAUUGCGCUCCCGUUGAAUGUAGAUGACGACGUCUUCGAGUUUGGCAGUGCAAAAUGGCAGCAACACCCAGCCUCCACCACCGGCUGGUCAGACGUCACUUUAUCGCUAAUACGCUACGAAUGCAACGAAAUCCACCGUCUCAUCUUUCGCGGCAGAAUCGAGAUGGACCGUAAGCACAUCACGCUCCACGACCUGCGCGCCCGCGUAGAGGCCAAGAAACGUCAAAUCCAAAGCAAAUACCUGCAGUACCUGGACGCCAAUGUUCCCAUCCAACGUUAUGCAGGCCUCGUAGCAACUCUCCUAAUGUCUCGCUGCGACUCCAUGCUCCUCUACCGGCACCUCCCCCAAACCUCCCUGCAACCACGCUCAGAAUCCGAGAACCGCCUCCGCGACGUGCUCCUCACAGCAGCUCUCACGACGCUCGAAAUCGGCGCAACACUAGACACACUGCCCUCGCUCUCAGCAUGGGCCUGGUACUCCACGACCUACCAACAAUACCACGCCGUCCUCCUCCUCCUCACCGAACUCUACCGCACGCCCGACCUCCCGCGAAAAGAGCGCAUGGCCACAAUAAUCGACCACAUCUUCGGACACUGCUACGGCGUCGGCGUCCGAGAACGCUGCUCCGACCUCCUCUUCACCGUCAAAGAAAACCUAGAAGCCUUCUACGUAAUGAAAGGCUUCAACAAAAAGCGCCAACAAAUCGCUCCCCAGCAACAUCCCACUCUCCAACCCUUACCCUCCUUCGGCGGCUCCGUAACGAGUCCUGCGUUUGGCGCGCAGCAGACGCCGGGUAAUAUGCAUGGCCAUUUGCAGAGGACGCCUACGUCCGGCACGCUGGAUGGCUUGAAUGUGGAUUUCGAUAGUAUACUCGGGAGCUUGAAUGGUGGAGGCGGCGGCGGCGGCGGUGGGGCUGGUGCUGGGUCGGCGGAGGAUUACGAUGUCUGGGGUGGCAUGAGCGCUGGUGCGGGUCAGGAUACGGGUGCUAUUUUUGUGCCGGUGGAUACGGGGCAUCAUGCUGAGUUUGGGACUACGAGUCCGAAUGGGGGGUUGCAGCAGUGGGAGAACUGGAAUUUCCCGCCUCAACAGCAGAAGUACGAGCAUUAA